AUGGCUUCGAAACCGCCGCAGCCUGUGGUCCAGGAGCUGCUUGCUCGAGCGCAUUCCCCAGACUCGGCGAACCGCAUCUACUCUGAGAAGAUCCAGCACCGCCCGCUUUACUUGCGACCAACCUCUCCUCCGCCGUCGGCAACCGCCCGCGAUGCCCGAAGAAAGGCGCGCGAGCAGAAGGCAAAGGACCGCAAGAAGGCCCUCAAGCCAAAACCUCUCUCAUCGCGAGAGCGCCGCAGACUCGGCCUCUACGACGUGCCCCGCGAGCGCCAGAAGUACACAAUCUACGAGCCCUUACAUAAGCUCUGGCUUGGGUACAUGCACGAGAUCCUGGGCCACGAAGUCUAUACGGGAGGCCAAAAUGCGGCUGCCAAGCUAAGCGCUGCCGACUUUCACGGUGCAGAAGUUGAAGUUGUAAGGAGCGGCUGUGUUGGCCGUGUAGGGAUCCGAGGCAUUGUGAUCAAAGACUCAAGAUUUGUAUUUGAGAUCAUUACAAAGGAGAACAAACUGAAGACAGUACCCAAAGAAGGAACAAUGUUUCGAGUCGAAAUUCCCGUACAGGACGGUCAAAACGCGGCCCAGCAGAAUGCCCUCGCAUUCGAGAUACACGGCAGCCAAUUCCAACACCGCUCUGCCGACAGGGCGAAUAAGAAACUCAAGGCGCACUUUCUGGAAGAUCUCUGA